GGGUUCGAUGACUAUGGAUCAGAGUGUGAUGGAAUUCGCAUCACAGCUUUCUUGGACGCAGGGCAGGACAAUCUCACCCCCCUGGGGAGACUAGAGAAAUAUGCCUUCAGUGAAAACGUCUUCAACAGGUAGGACCGAAUAUGGUGACGCACUUGGAUACAUGCCACAGGGAAGCAAUAGCAAAUGUUUAGAGAUAAUGUGAUGUUCAAGAUGAAUGCCAUUUGUUUUUGCAAUGUUUGACCACAAUACAGUGUUGAUUGAAAAGUUCUGGUUCUCUGUGUUCUUGUGAAUUCAACAAACCUGGGCUCAUGGCUUGGCACGGCGGGAAUGUAACAAAUUAUGUCGGGGCGUUAGUGAAUGGCCUGAGUGAAGGCUGGGCAUUCGGUACUGCCAGGUCUCUCACUCACACUGCUUCAAGACAUUAACUUGUGAGGCACCACGCUUGUUAAGACGGGCCUGGUUUGACCUAAGUGUUUCUGAUGUGGUUUCUUCUUGCUUUCUGCCCAAUGAAAAAUAAAAGCCUGCCAGAUGCCCUCAGUGGUUUUAAAGACCUCGGUGUGUGUGUGCUUUUGGCAUAGCUUGUGCACAUCGCCUCUGCAAACCUUUAACAGCAACCCAUCAACAGCCCUCCAAAGCCCCCAGUUGAACUCAACUCAUGGAAAGGCUGUUUUCAUGCUCUGCUUGUUGAGUUCAAGUCCUCAGUGGGGUGAUUUCCAAGUUUGUCAGCUACGGGCCGUUAUGCUGCUUUGGCUAGAUGUUGGCCCAGGCACUAACUUGGGGCUUGUGUUGCUUUCUAGGCAGAUCGUGGCACGCGGGCUGCUUGAUGUGCUUCGAGAGUUCAGUGACAAUGAGAAUGACUUUAUUAGUGUCAUGGAGACAGUUGCCCGAAUGUCAGAAGACGGAGGUAGAUGUUAUUUUUAAUUUUUUUCUCUCCCUCAUAUUAUUUUACAAUUCUGUCAUGUUUGUGGUCACUGGAAUUGGACAUGGAAGGUUAGCUAUCAAUUGGAGUGCAAUUUAAUCCUUGAAUUUACUUGAAUUGACAUUUACAUGUCUGAAUUGAUCCCCAAAUUGACAUUUACAUGCAAUUGGCCCGAAACCCCCAAUACAAAAUAAAUUGCAUUGUUAGGGCUUUUUUUUUUUAUGCACGUUUGUGACCAUCAUCUCCCUAUGUCUGUCAUCUUCGUGCGUGUGCGUGUGCUCAGAGCCCACCGUGCGCGCUGAGCUGAUGGAGCAGGUGCCCAACAUCGCCAUGUUCCUACACGAGAGCCAGCCCAACUUCCCAGCAGCCUUCUCCAGAUACCUGGUGCCCAUCGUGGUGCGCUAUCUCACAGACCCCAAUAACCAGGUAGGAACAAAUGACUCCCACUCUAACUGCAAACAAUGGACCACAACAAAAUGUUGACAUUAUCUUAAGCAGUUAAGACACUACUGACACCCUGUGCCUGUCAUUUGUGCCUGUGGAUUAUAAAAGUUGAUUGUUAGGCCUAAAUGUAAAUUCAACAAAUUCAAAAUACUGUGAAACAAAUAGGCAUACCUUAUACACCAUAUACCAGGGUAUUUGGAAAAAGCCACAGGAUGUUUUUUGAAUACCGUCAAAACUAUUUAUUAUAUGUUUUUCAAUACAUUUGAAUAUUUGUAGCUACUUUUUAAGUUAAUACCUGCAGUCAGCUUGUGCAAUACGUUAGUAGAUGAAGCAGACUGCGUUCUUCAUUUCACCUGUCACAUUAUUUGACAUUAUGAAGCUUACGGUAGCUCCCCAGAACAGUUGAGCCAGUCACGUGUUUGUUUGUAAAUAGCACAACGGGAGAUGGCGGGAGCUGGUCCAUAGCGUUCAAUAUCUAUCGAGUCCAUAGCGUUCAAUAUCUAUCGGCGAGUCACUGUUGUGCGGCGCACAUGAGGUGAUAAAGUGACACUUGAAUGCAAUUCACUACAAAAUGUUUGCUAUCAGAUAUCUUAGAAUGGCAUGCUGCCAGAAGUCAAAGAGCUCUGGAUGAGUUAUCUUUACAGCUGCCAUUUUGUUCCCUGUGCUUCCUACUAGCGUUUUUUUUCUUCUCCUCAGUUCUUCUCCCCUCUGUUCCGUGUACACAUGCUGCUCUUCCUUCAGAAAAGCAUGCAUCACAAUGUAUCUCGUUCACUUUAGCUUGUAAAUGUCCACACUCACCGACAAUGACAUUCGGUAGCUACUAGCUAUGCUUGUAUAACUUUAUGAGCUGGAUUUGCCUGUCUUUGCAAUUAUACUGAACAAAAAUAUCAAUGCAACAUGCAAGAAUUUCAAAGAGUUAGAGCUCAUAUGAGGAAAUCAGUCAAUUUAAAUAAAUAAAUUAGGCCCUAAUCUAUGGAUUUCACAUGACGGGGAAUACAGAUAUGCAUCUGUUGGUCACAGACACCUUAAAAGUAAAGGGCCUCACAAUGGGCAUCAGGAUCCCGUCACGGGUUUUCUGUGCAUUCAAAUUGCCAUCGAUAAAAUGCAAUUGUGUUCGUUGUCCGUAGGUUAUGCCUGCCCAUACCAUAAUCCCACCACCACCAUGGGGCACACUGUUCACAAUGUUGACAUCAGAAAACCGCUCACCCACACAACGCCAUACACGUGGUCUGCGGUUGUGAGGCCGUUUGGACGUACUGCCAAGUUCUCUAAAACGAUGUUGGAGGCGGCUUAUGGUAGAGAAAUUAACAUUACAUUCUCUGGCAACAGCUCUGGUGGACAUUCCUGCAGUCAGCAUGUCAAUUGCAUGCUCCCUCAACAUCUGUGGCAUUGUUGUGUGACAAAACUGCACAUUUUAGAGUGGCCUUUUAUUGUCCCCAGCACAAGGGGUGCCUGUGUAAUGAUAAUGCUGUUUAAUCAGCUUGUUGAUAUGCCACACCUGUUAGGUGGAUGGAUUUUUUUUAUUUUUUAGAGGGUAGAUCAGCCUUAAUAUUGCAGAUAGAUUGUAACUUCCAUCAAUGUAAUUGUCUGCAUCACUUCCAAUCCCCCAUAUGUUUUUUUCUCUCGCAUAUAUAUAUAUAUAUAUAUAUAUAUAUAUAUAUAUAUAUAUAGUGCUAUGAAAAAGUAUUUGCCCCCUUUCUAAUUUUCUCCACUUUUGCAUAUUUGUGAUACUGAAUGUUAUCAGAUCUUCAACCAAAACCUAAUAUUAGAUAAAGGGAACAUAAGUGAACAAAUAACACAACAAUUACAUAUUUAUUUCAUAAACAAAGUUAUGCAACACCCAAUUCCCCUGUGUGAAAAAGUAAUUGCCCCCUUACACUCAAUAACUGGUUGUGCCACCUUUAGCUGCAAUGACUCCAACCAAAUGCUUCCUGUAGUUGUUGAUCAGUCUCUCACGUCGCUGUGGAGGAAUUUUGGCCCAGUCUUCCAUGCAGAACUGCUUUAACUCAGUGACGUGUGGGUUUUCAAGCAUGAACUGCUCAUUUCAAGUCCUGCCACAACAUCUCAAUUGGGAUUAGGUCUGGACUUUGACAAGGCCAUUCCAAAACUUCUAAUUUGUUGCUUUUUAGCAAUUUUCAUGUAGACUUGAUUGUGUGUUUUGGAUCAUUGUCUUGCUGCAUGACCCAGCUGCGCUUCAGCUUCAGCUCACAGACGGAUGGUCUGACAUUCUCCUGUAGAAUUCUCUGAUACAGAGCAGAAUUCAUGGUUCCUUCUAUUAACGCAAGGCGUCCAGGUCCUGAGGCAGCAAAGCAUCCCCAAACCAUCACACCACCACCACCAUGCUUGACCUUUGGUAUGAUGUUCUUACUGUGGAAUGCAGUGUUUGGUUUUCGCCAGGCAUAAUGGGACCCAUCUUGUCCAAAAAGUUGACUCAAGUUUGCCAAAAAGAACCUGGAUGAUCAUCAAGACUCUUGGAAGAACGUUCUAUGGACAGAUGAUUCAAAAGUAUAACUUUUUGGACGACAUGGUUCCAGUAAUGCCUGGCGAAAACCAAACACUGCAUUCCACAGUAAGAACAUCAUACCAAAGGUCAAGCAUGGUGGUGGUGGUGUGAUGGUUUGGGGAUGCUUUGCUGCCUCAGGACCUGGACGACUUGCGUUAAUAGAAGGAACCAUGAAUUCUACAGGAGAAUGUCAGACCAUCCGUCUGUGAGCUGAAGCUAAAGCGCAGCUGGGUCAUGCAGCAAGACAAUGAUCCAAAACACACAAUCAAUCUACAUGAACAUUGCUAAAAAGCAACACAUUUGAUGUUUUGGAAUGGCCUAGUCAAAGUCCAGACCUAAUCCCAAUUGAGAUGUUGUGGCAGGACUUGAAACGAGCAGUUCAUGCUUGAAAACACUCACGUCACUGAGUUAAAGCAGUUCUGCAUGGAAGACUGGGCCAAAAUUCCUCCACAGCGACGUGAGAGACUGAUCAACAACUACAGGAAGCAUUUGGUUGGAGUCAUUGCAGCUAAAGGUGGCACAACCAGUUAUUGAGUGUAAGGGGGCAAUUACUUUUUCACACAGGGGAAUUGGGUGUUGCAUAACUUUGUUUAUGAAAUAAAUAUGUAAUUGUUGUGUUAUUUGUUCACUUAUGUUCCCUUUAUCUAAUAUUAGGUUUUGGUUGAAGAUCUGAUAACAUUCAGUAUCACAAAUAUGCAAAAGUAGAGAAAAUUAGAAAGGGGGCAAAUACUUUUUCAUAGCACUUUAAAAAAAUAUAUAUUUCCCUUUAUUACUUUCCAACCCCACCACCCCUUCCCUAAUUGGAGUAAACUAGUGAACAACAAUGCUUAGGCCUCUACUUCCGGCUUAUACAUACUAUAUACAUUUUAUGGACACAGUCAAUUCUACAAUAAUUAUAUUUUGUUUGUUUUUACUCCUGAACUUCCUCUACCCUCAACCUCUCCGAUCAUUUUCACCGGUUUGCUUCUAUAUGCCAUAUCUUUCUAACUUUCACAAAAGCUCUCAACCUAUAACCUAUAUACUUAUUAUGGACACCGUAUGCUUUACAUUAGUUAUCUUGUUGUUAUUAGUUGUUGUUAUUAGUCCAAUCCUUCAACUCCAUUCAACACCUCCCAUCUAAUUCUUAACAUUUACAUUUUUACAUUUUAGUCAUUUAGCAGAUGCUCUUAUCCAGAGCGACUUACAGUUAGUGAGUGCAUACAUUUCUUCAUACUGGCCCCCGUGAGAAUUGAAUCCACAACCCUGGCGUUGCAAGCGCCAUGCUCUACCAACUGAGCUACACGGGGCCACAUAUCCAUAUUGGAUUUCUAUUUGCCAUAUAUUUUUCAACUGUACUGUGAUGUUUUACAAAAGUUCUGAACCCUUCUAUUCUCAUUGUUUCUACAGAUUGUAAAUUGAAAAUAAACAUUUUUGCUUAAAGUAUGAUUAUAUUAUUGAUCGAUUUACUAUGACUUUUCAGAUCACCCAGUAGUGCUAUCUGCAGGGUUAGCUCCAGGUAAAUAUUGCAAUCCUUUAGCCAUUCCUGGACCUGUGUCCAAAAACAAGCUACAAAUGGACACUACCAAAACAAAUGAUCUAAUGAUUCUGUGUCUUCGCAGCAAAAUCUGCAGAGCUGGGAUGAUUGUAUCCCCCAUAUCAAUAACAUUCUAUUGGUAGCAGAAUUGUUCAAUUUAAAUUAUUAUACAAAAUUCUUACGUUUUGAAUCCGGCGUCGUUUUGUGUAUUACUUCAUAAACACUGUGCCAUGGAAUCAGUACGUCAAAAAUCUCUUCCCAACUUCUUUGCAAUCUAAAUGGGACGGCUGUCAAUACUUUGGUCCUUAAAGGAAACUGGUAUACUUUUUUAUUUAUCACAAUUUUCUUUAAUGCAGGGUCGACAGACAAGUUCCUUACUUUUUCCCCCUUCCACUUUCCUCUACCAUUUUUGCGGUAAUGCUGCAAUUAUUUGGUUGUAAUUUUGGGUAGACCAGACAUUUCCAUAUGUUUUUGUUAGCUGCAUGUGCGACAACUCCACCAGUCCUACCUAUGAUAUCAUUUAUGAAGAUCAUAACUUAAAAAAAAAUUUUUUAAACAAAUAAAGUUUUUUUUAUCAAUUAGUAUAUUUGAGUUUAACCACUAUUUGUUGCAUUAUUUGGUCUGUCGUUUCUGGAGGAUUAAAUUGAAAUUGCAACCAACUUUCUAUGGCUUAUUUUAGAAAUGGUGAUAUUUGGGAGAUUAUUUCCUUUUCAAAUAACUGAAAGUGAGAGGUUGUAAUCUGAAUAAAGGGAAAAAGGCCAUUCUUGAACAUUGGGUGAGACAAUCUUACUAAUUUGCUAGAGAACCAGUUCGGAUUUAAGUAUAACUUUUGUAUGACUGAAGCUUUUAGUGAUAGGUCUAAUGCUUUAAUAUUUAAUAAUUUCUGCACUCCGAAUUCAUAUUCAUUAUAUAAAUAGGCCCGUUUAAUUUUCUGGCUUGCCGUUCCAAAUAAAAUUGAAUAGUCUUUUCUCAUGUAAUUUAAAAAAACUGUUCGCUAGGCAUAGGCAAGACCAUCAUCAAAUAGGUAAACUGGGAUAAUACUAAAGAGUUAAUCAGGGUGAUUUUUCCACAAAUUGAGAGGUAGCAAGAUCUUAUCUAUUUUUGCUAACUUUCUAUUAAAAUGUAUUGGAGUGAGAUCAUUUAUUUCAUUUGGGAUAUGUAUUCCGAGUAUAUCCACUUUCCCAUCAGACCAUUUUAUUGGUAAACUACAUGGUAAUGUAAAUUUUUUAUUUUUUAGUGAUCCAAUACGUAAUAUAGUACAUUUGUCAUAAUUUGGUUGUAAUCCAGAGAGGUUAGAAAAUGUAUCUAGAUCCUCUAUGAGGCUGUGGAGGGAUUCAAGUUGUGGAUUUUAAAGAAAACAUGAAUCAUCAGCGUACAAUGACACCUUUGUUUUUAAAGAUGGAUUAUCUUGGCAAAGAUCAUUUUAGAGAAACAUUUGAGAGAAAUAAGCUUUUUGUGUGUAUGGAGAAUUUCUGGCAUCAUUUAUUUCAGCUCAUGAAACAUGGGACCAACACUUUACAUGUUUCGUUUAUAUUUUUGUUCAGUGUAGUUUGUUCGUUUUCACUCGUUAGCAUUUAGGCUAACAGUGUCUGUCAUUUUGCUAUUAGUUUGUGCUAAUUCUGUUAGCAUUCUGGUUAGAGCCCCAUUGGCCUUUUCUUGCAUUUUUAGCGCCCGUUGUGUGUUAUGCCGGUAAUACCGUAAAUGCUGGGAUAAGAGAACGACGGUAUGACAAUAUGAACAUCUGGAUACAGCCCAAGCCUAGAAACAAAUGUGUGGAGCACAUUAACCGCUAGUCCGGAGCUAUAAUCUUUCUGUAUUUCCAGGCUAAGCUAACACUGUAUUGUAGAUGUCAGUACUGACAGAUGUGGUCUUUUUCCUAAGGUGCGGAAGACCAGUCAGGCGGCCCUGCUAGUGCUGUUAGAGCAGGGCCUCAUCUGCAAGGGCGACAUGGAGACCAAAGUGUGUCCUGUUCUACUAGACCUCACCGAGCCCAGCAGCGACGACGACUACAAGAUAGAGGCUGUCGCGGUAAGAUAAGAUUACUUUGGGCUUUGGGUUUAUUGAUGAUUCAAGCUCACAUGUUGAUUUAGUUCACAGAAACUGAAGAAAUGCAGAAUUGACUUUAAUACAAUUUUAUGUAAAACGCACUCGGUGAGAAGCCAGAACAACUAAUCUUGCCAGUAUCCAUUGAUCUUUACGUUCUCAUGGCCAGUUUUUCUUUAUGUCCAGUAGUCUGUUAUAUUACCAUGUUUUUCUUUAAGUGUGUGUUUUUCACCCGACUUUAAUAAAGAUCUACAGGUCAAAAAGACAUACAGGGUAUAAAGACACAAAUAUGCAAGAUGAGUGGUUCUGAGCCAUAAUACCAAAAACAAAUGUCAGACAAAGAGGAUAUAGGCUGAUCCCUGGAUCUGAAGAAAGAGGAUAGUUGUUAGUGGACCCUAGCCCAAAAUAUUUAGGUCAAUAUGUGAUCAAUGCAGCUGCAGAGGAUGGGCAGUGGCUAGAGAAGUCUGCAUGAAUCCAUGGUCACUACCAGUACCAUAUGUGUUAUUGAGGGUUUUAGUUUUGUAAGCUUGACGUUGCUUUUUCAAAUACUGUUAGCUGUGUAAUGCUAAGGCUGCGUGGAAUGCCCAGCUAAAUCCUCCACUGAGUCCAAGUGCAAUAGUGCUUUUUGAGAAUCAAGCACUGUGCAUCCUUUGUGCUUGGAUCCGUGAGCUGUAGGGUGAAGUUGACCCUAGAUGCUGAUCUUUUGGUCAGUUUUAGCAUUUUCCCCACUAAUGGUUAAGGUUAGGUUUGGGGAAGGGGAAGCUGAUCCUAGAUCUGUACCUAGGGAAAAUCCUGGAGCCCCUGUGGAUUCCGUUACAAUACCAUUGAUUCCCGUGUCCUCUCCUCUCUCUCCUUGUUCUGUAGAUCAUGUGUAAGCUGGUAACCAUGCUGAGCAAAGACACAGUGGAGCACCUGCUGCUGCUGCGCUUCUGUGAGCUGUGCAGUGAUGCCAGGCUCUUCCAAGUCCGCAAGGUGAACACACACACACACACACUUCUCUGUAUCCAACUUGAACCCGUAGAAAACAUGCUCCCACAUUAGAUCACACCGUUUAUGGUAGUCGCUGAAGGAUUGUGUUUCCCAUCUCUAUUCAUCCAACAUUUUCACAACACUGAAUGAAUGCAGUUGCCUAAGAAUGUGUUUUGUUACUCAGUAUGAAGGCCUACAGUACUGUUGUUUUCUGUUUGGAAUUUUAAUCCUCUCGUGAAGUUUGUGCCAGUUGGGGAAGGUGUAUUUGGGAGUAGGAAAGGGAAGAUUUUAUUUGAACCCCUGUGGAUUUCCCUGAGCUUGUGAUGACUGUAAUGUGCCUCAAAGACUGUGUCCCAAUGAUGCUCACUAAGUGCUGUUGUAUUCGAAUACAAUUCUGUAAGGCUGACAUGGAUAAACAUUUUAUUGGAUAAAAUGUUUUUUUUCUUCUUUUUUCUGGUACUCAAGCAGAAUUUAUGAGCCACAAAAAGAUUACAUGAACAAACUGUUUUUAACAUCAGUUAUUAUUUUUUACACUGUUUUCCUUCAGGUGUGUGCAGCCAAUUUCGGAGAGUUCUGUUCCAUUGUGGGUCAGGAUGCCACAGAGAAACUACUGGUGGGAAACAUUUGUAAAAAUGUCACUAGAAUGUUGCUUUAUUUCCUCCUCACAAUCUCAAAGAUAUGUACAUGUCUAUCAUUACACAACAUGCUGGUUUUAACCACCAUUGUGUUCUUCACAUUCCUUAAAGGAAAAUUCCACCCAAAAACUAUCUUUUGGUAUUUGUUUCAUUAGCCCAUUGUUGACAUAGUCCCAAAAUGCUUUGCUUAUGUUACCAAUGGGCUAAUGAAACAAAUACCAAAUUAUAGUUUUUGGGUGGAGUUUUCCUUUAACAUACAAUAAAUAUCUAGGUUAUGUUCAAUAGGACACACCGUAGCAAAAAGGUUUGCAACAACAGGUAGAGUACCUUCGAAUUUCACUCCGUUUAGGAGUGUUUUCUUCCGUUUUGUGCCUAAUGAACACGAUCAUUUAGUUAUGGAACUGGUGUAUAUUCAUUAAGAACCAAAUGGAAGCCUACCUGAAUUUGUCCAAUGAGAAACUGGUUUGCUACGGUCUCCACUAAUGAAUACAUCCCUAGUAAUCAUUCUAUUCUGUCACCAGAUGUCCAAGUUCUUUGACCUGUGCUCGGAUAGCCUGUGGGGCAUCCGGAAGGCGUGCGCAGAGUGCUUCAUGAUCGUCUCCAACUCCACCUCCCCCGAAGUGCGACGCACUAAACUGUCCCCCCUCUUCAUCAGCCUCAUCAGUGACCAAUCACGCUGGGUAAGAGCCUACGCCAGACGCACACUUAUAAACACCAUGCUAUUCUGGUGAUGUUUGUAUGAAACAUAUUUUCCGCAAGAAUGGCCUUAAAUUACAAUGAAAAUAGUGUAAUUCUCUUGAUAAUGAAUUGACGGUGAACAUCAUAGAGAUACAUAUAUGAAUUAUUUGUGUGUGUGUUACUAUGUUCUAUUCAAUGAUGUGUUAAACAUACUCUCUUGACCCUCCAGGUGCGCCAGGCUGCCUUUCAGUCUCUGGGACGCUUCAUCUCCACCUUUGCCAACCCCUCCAGCACAGGCCUCUACUUCAAAGAGGACGGCACACUACUGGAGGUCCCCAGGUGUCCUUUUGACAGGUUAGGACCCACGCACAAACACACACACACACUGUCACCGUUCGACUCUGGGUCCAAAAACACUAUUCAAAAUGGACCAUAUUAGUCAAAUGUACCAAUAGCCUUUCUUGUUUUGACUUUUUCAUCUAGUAUAGUGUUGUGAUUUUUUUUUUUUAAUGCAAUUAAAAGUUUGAUGUAAUUGAAGAGGGAAAUAAAGGGGGCUCUCUGAUUGGCUGUCUGUUGCAGAGAUUCCCACCUCUGCAUCGAGUCCUCCAUGCACUGCUCCUUCAACGGCACCACAGAGAGACCCUCGCACACACCCAUCAACCAAGAUGGCCGCUCCACCCCAUCCGUAGAAUGCAUGUCCGGGGGAGACAGCGGCGGCGACUCCACACACACUCCUCCCCGAGACCGACACGAAGGCCAGGAACGCAACAACAACAACAACAACAACCCUCCUCCCACAAACAACAAAAACAAGGAGACGGAACAAACAGACGAGAAUUUUAACUCUUUCCACUACUGGAGGCCUCCGUUACCGGAUAUCAGCGAGGAGCUGGAGAUACUGAAAGACGAGGGUCCUCUGCAGAACCAGACGAAGGGAGAGAAGAAGGAGGAGAUGGUGCUAGAGGACGGGGAGAUGGAGGGAAAGAAGGAGAUGGCUAGUCUGGAGCCAGUCACCAGCUCUCAGAUCCAGAAGGUGUUGGACUGCCUCCAGCCCCACAUGGACGACCCCGAUGCACAAGGUGAGGUUUGAGGAAAGCAUGUCUCCUCAAAGGUUGUUAAUAAAAAGAUAAUUGGUGCAAUAAUUUAGAACAUUGUGUUGUAUGGUGAUACUAUCCAACCAUCACAGCAUUAUUUGACUCACUGAACUUAAAGUGGAACUGACAGCAAUUUAGCAACAUAAAAUCAUAUACACCCCCAGGAAGAAUAUGACGCCUGUUUUACAUUUUCUUUGAAGCAAGCACUUAAAUAUUGACGUUUUCAUACUAUCAUAGAUUGUUUGGGAAUGAUGUAAAGCAGGGGUAUUCAACUCUUACCCUACGAGGUCCGGAGCCUGUCGGUUUUCUGUUCUACCUGAUAAUUAAUUGCACACACCUGGUGUCCCAGGUCUAAAUCAGUCCCUGAUUAGAGGGGAACAAUGAAAAAAUGCAGUGGAACUGGCUUCGAGGUCCAGAGUUGAGUUUGAGGGAUGUAGAGUAAAGCAUUUGUGAAAAUUGUAUAGCAAUAUAGAGUGGGAAAGCAUCCGUGCGUUUGGACAGUUGAUAGACACUGCAAUAAAACCGAAUAAAAACGUGUCAGUCUUGUCCAGGACCAGACACCACACAGACCGGCGCACCAUAACCAAUCAGAGCUACAGUAGGCCUAUAUGCAAAUAAGCCAUUUGCCACACAGGCCUGCCAUCAUUCUCUUUGAACUGGACUGUGUGUUUACAGGCAGUAGCAACAGCGCGACUUUAAAUCAUUAGAAAGCGUUUGCCAAAAGACACAAAAUACACCUGAAUGGAUUUCUGCAAAUAUGUAAAUACCAUGGGAGUCCUCUUACAUUUGGGAACUUUACAUUCCUGUUGAUCAAACAACCAUGAACAGGUAGGCUCUCUCCCCCUAAGUUGCCUAUGCACAUCAACAACAACAAGAUCAACAACUAUCAAUCAAAUGUAUUUAUAAAGCCCUUUUUACAUCAGCAGAUGUCACAAAGUGCUAUACAGAAACUCCCUAGAAAGGCAUGAACCUAGGAAGAAACCUAGAGAGGAACCAGGCUCUGAGGGGGCAGAACAGUUGAAACUGGAGCAGCAGCACGACCAGGUAGACUGGGGACAGCCAGGAGUCAUCAGGCCAGGUAGUCCUAAGGCAUGAUCCUAGGGCUCAGGUCCUCCGGGAGGAGAGGGAGAUAAUUAGAGGGAGCAUACUUAAAUUCACACAGGACACCAGAUAAGACAGACUGACCCAAACAGACUGACACUUUGCCAAAGCAGAGCCCCCACACCACUAGAGGGAUAUCAACAUACCAACUUACUACAUUGAGACAAGGCUUAGUAUAGCCCACAAAGAUCUCCUCCAACGAGGGGGCGCAAAACCGGACAGGAAGAUCACGUCUGUGACUCAACCCACUCAAGUGACGCACCCCUCCUAGGGACGGCAUGGAAGAGCACUAGUAAGCCAGUGACUCAGCCCCCGUAAUAAUGGUCAGAGGCAGAGAAUCCCAGUAGAGAGAGGGGGGCCGGCCAGGCAGAGACAGCAAGGGCGGUUCGUCGCUCCAGUGCCUUGCAGUUCAGCUUUGCACCCCUGGGCCAGACUACACUCAAUCAUAGCACCUACUGAAGAGCUGAGUCUUCAGUAAAGACUUAAAGGUUGAGACCGAGUCUGCGUCUCUCAAAUGGGUAAGCAGACCGUUCCAUAAAAAUUGAGUUCUAUAGGAGAAAUUCUGGGGACAAUAAGGAGGCGUGUAGGUAUGUACGGCAGGACCAAAUCGGAGAGAUCGGUAGGCGCAAGCCCAUGUAAUGCUUUGUAGGUUAGCAGUAAAACCUUGAAAUCAGCCCUAGCCUUAACAGGAAGCCAGUGUAGAGAGGCUAGCACUGGAGUAAUAUGAUCACAUUGUUGGGUUCUAGUCAAGAGUCUAGCAGCAGUUUUUAGCACUAACUGAAGUUUAUUUAGUGCUUCAUCCGGGUAGCCAGAGAGUAGAGGAUUGCAGUAGUCUAAUCUAGAAGUGACAAAAGCAUGGAUUAGCUUUUCUGCAUCAUUUUUGGACAAACCGUUUCUGAUUUUUGCAAUGUUACGAAGAUGGAAAAAAGCUGUCCUUUAAAUAUUCUUGAUAUGUUCGUCAAAAGAGAGAUCAGGGUCCAGAGUAACGCUGAGGUCCUUCACAGUUUUAUUUGAGACGACUGUACAACCAUCAAGAUUAAUUGUCAGCUCCAACAGCAGAUCUGUUUGUUUCUUGGGACCUAGAACUAGCAUCUCUGUUUUGAGUUUAAAAGUAAAACAUUUGCCGCCAUCCACUUCCUUAUAUCUGAAACACAGGCUUCCAGGGUAGGCAAUUUUGGGGCUUCACCAUGUUUCAUCGAAAUGUAGAGCUGUGUGUCGUCCGCAUAGCAGUGAAAGUUGACAUUGUGUUUCCGAAUGACAUCACCAAGCAGUUGAGUAUAUAGUGAAAACAAUAGAGGUACUAAAACAGAACCUUAAGGACUUACAAUAGAUUUGUCAUAGGACAAACCAUCCACAGAGAUGAACUGAUAUCUUUCCGACAGAUGGAUCUAAAUCAGGCAAGAACUUGUCCGUGUAGACCAAUUAAGGUUUCUAAUCUCUCCAAAAUAAUGUGGUGAUCGAUGGUGUCAAAAGCAGCACAAAGGUCUUGGAGCACGAGGACAGAUGCAGAGCCAUUAAAAGGUAAUUUACCACCUUCACGAGUGCAGUCUCAGUGCUAGGAUGGGGUCGAAAACCAGACUGAAGCAUUUCGUGUACAUCAUUUGUCUUCGGGAAGGCAGUGAGUUGCUGCGCAACAGCUUUUUCAAAAAAUGUUGAGAGGAAGGGGAGAUUCGAUAUAGGCCGAUAGUUUUUUGCAUUUUCCGGGUCAAGGUUUGGCUUUUCCAAGAGAGGCCUUAUUACUGCCACUUUUAGUGUGUUUGGUACAUAUCUGGCGGAUAGGGAGCCAUUUAUUAUGUUCAAUAUAGGAGGGCCAAGCACAGGAAGUAGCUAUUUCAGUAGUUUAGUUGGAAUAGGGUCCAGUAUGCAUCUUGAAGGUUUAGAGGCCAUGACUAUUUUCAUGAAUGUGUUGAGAUACAGGAUUUUAAAAAAAAAUGUAGUGUCUCCAUUGAUCCUAGGUCCUGGCAGUUCUGUGCAGACUCAGGACAACUGAGCUUUGGAGAAAUAUGCAGAUUCAAAGAGGAGUCUGUAAUUUGCUUUCUAAUGAUCAUGAUCUUUUCAUUGAAGAAGUUAACAAAUUCAUCACUGCUGAAGUGAAAGCCAUCCUCUCUUGUUGAAUGCUGCUUUUUAGUUCGUUUUGCUACAGUAUCAAAAAUACAUUUAGGAUUGCUCUUAUUCUCUUCAAUAAGGUUGGAAAAAUAGGAUGAUCGAGGAGCAGUGAGGGCUCUUCGAUAUUGCACGGUAUUGUCUUUCCAAGCUAGUCGGAAGACUUCCAGUUUGGUGGAGCGCCAUUGCCGUUCCAAUUUUCUGGAAGCUUUCUUCAGGGCUCGGGUAUUUUCUGUAUACCAGGGAGCAAAUUUCUUGUGACAAUUUUUGUUUUGUUUUUAGGGUAUCACGCAAGGUUAAAUUUAGAUCCUCAGGUGGGAAACCGAUUUUUGUACUCCAACGUCCUUGGGUAGGUGGAGGGAGUCUGGAAGGGCAUCUAGGAAUCUUUGGGUUGUCAGAGAAUUUAUAGCACUGCUUUUGAUGAUCCUUGGUUGGGGUCUGAGCAGAUGAUUUGUUGCAAUUGCAAAUGUAAUAAGAUGGUGGUCCGAUAGUCCAGGAUUAUGAGGAAAAACAUUUAGAUCCACAAUAUUUAUUCCACUGGACAAAACUAGAUCCAGGGUAUGACUGUGGCAAUGAGUAGGUCCGGAGACAUGUUGGACAAAACCCACUGAGUCGAUGAUGGCUCUAAAAGCCUUUUGGAGUGGGUCUGUGGACUUUUACAUGUGAAUAUUAAAGUCACCAAAAAUGUGAAUAUUAUCUGCCAUGACUACAAGGUCCGAUAGGAAUUCAGGGAACUCCGUGAGGAACGCUGUAUACGGCCCAGGAGGCCUGUAAACAGAAGCUAUAAAAAGUGAUUGAGUAGGCUGCAUAGAUUUCAUAACUAGAAGCUCAAAAGAUGAAAACAGUCUUUUUUUGGUGGGGGUUAAAUUGAAAUUUGCUGUCGUAAAUUUUAGCAACACCUCCGCCUUUGCGCGGGGGAUAUGGUCACUAGUAUAACCAGGAGGAGAGGCCUCAUGUAACACAGUGAAUUCAUCAGGCUUGAGCCAUGUUUAAGUCAGGCCAAUCACAUCAAGAUUAUGAUCAGUGAUUAGUUCGUUGACUGCCUUGGAAGUGAGGGAUCUAACAUUAAGUAGCCCUAUUUUGAGAUGUGAGAUAUCACUAUCUUUUAAUAAUGACAGGAAUGGAGGAGGUCUUUAUUCCAGUGAGAUUUGCUCAACCUAGAUCGAGGCACAGACACGUCCUCAAUGGGGAUAGCUGAGCUGACUACACUGACUGUGCUAGUGGCAUACUGCACUAAGCUGGAAGGCUGGCUAACAGCCUGUUGCCUGGCCUGCACCCCAUUUAAUUGUGGAGUUAGAGCUCUGUCUAUGUUGAUAGAUAAGAUAAGAGCACCCCUCCAGCUAGGAUGGAGUCCGUCACUCCUCAGCUGGCCAGGCUUGGUCCUGUUUGUGGGUGAGUCCCAGAAAGAGAGCCAAUUAUCUACACAUUCUUUCUUUUGGGAGGGGCAGAUAGUUCUCCUGUAUAUUAUGAGUACAGCGACUGCAAUUAGAUGGCAUAAUGUUAAUGUUACUACUUAGCUUUUUCGGCUGAAAAGUUUGGCAGAUAGCCAAGUAGCAACAAACAGCACAGAGACAAGUCCGGAAGUUGAGAAGUGUUAGCCAGAGCGAGAUGAACUAAAAUCUAAUGAGGGAACAGUAGAUAAACCUCUCAAACUUUUUUUGCUUGUAGUUGGCCGUCAAAAUUGGACUGAAACGAUGGGGAAAAGUAGCCUGCUAGCCCUUCUAGCAGCUUGCCUGCUAAUGCAUGCUUGUCCCAAACCACGUUUUGACAACUGAAUGGGAACUUGCCAGCCUACCCUCCCAUUUGAUCGAUGCCAAAUACAUUUGAUUGACAACUAAGAUAUAUGUUAACUGUGGAUAACAGUUCAGCAUAGCUAGCUAGCAAAGUGAUUCACAUUUCCUGCUAGCUAACCAAAUAACACCUGCAUCUCUAGCUUCAGCCACCAAAAAAUAUAUGGGGGAUAAAGUCGACCACUCACCCGCUCGUCCAAUGACAUAACAUCCUCACAGCAGCUAGCUAGCUAGCGUUAGGCUCUGUGUUUCUAGCUGGCUAAAUAAAUAGAGACAUAAAUCGAUAAACUAGCCUAUUAGCCAUGUUAUGAUAUUUUUUUUAGCAGAUGCUCUUAUCCAGAGCGACUUAGUUAGUGAGUGCAUACAUUUUUUUUUUCAUACUGGCCCCCCGUGGGAAACGAACCCACAACCCUGGCGUUGCAAGCGCACUGAGCUACACGGGGCCAUGAUUGACGCUAGUUUGAUUGUAUUGACAUUCCCAGCCUUAGUUACAUUCAUCUGCUAGUUUGAUUGUAUUGACAUUCCCAGCCUUAGUUACAUUCAUCCGUUUUUGUGCAAAACAUUGAGUCAUUGAAACUGAAACAGUGCAUCCCAAAGGGCUGGAGGAAGCAAACGAUGUACUAGGCCAGCUGUGAUUUACAACCUGAUAGCAAUAUUUGUUGGACUACCAAGAAAAGUAUUGGUGAAUGAACUAUAUUAAUCAUGUGUUGAACUGCAUCCAUCUUUUCUGCCAAAAAUCCCUUACUCUACGUCAUGGAAUUUUUUGUCAAAUAUAACCUAUUUUGUUACCCCUUAUGAAGUAGGUUUUGUAGCAUAAACUGGGAAUGUUAUAGUUUUGCCUAAUAUUAUGAUUGUCUGUUUGUUUCAUAUCUGCAAAGUACUUAAAACGCUGUCAGUUCCACUUUUAAUAGUCUGUACAUUUGACCUGUGUAUUCAAGACCACGUGGUUAUGUCUUUGUGUCUCUGUGUUUCCGUAUGCGUCUCCCAGCCCAAGUGCAGGUGCUCUCGGCCGCCCUGAAGGCUGCCCAGCUGGAGACCCAAUCUGAGGAGACGGAGAGUCAGUCAGAGAGCCAGCCACCAGAGGAUGGGGAAGGGGAACCAGACGAGGAGUUCUCCAAGAACGGAGGGACCGCUGAGGAGGAACAGGCACAUAAGGAGCCUCCCCAGCAGACCACUGAUUCGGCACCCAUAGUCUCUCAGGAAUCAUCCCCCGACUCGCCUGUCCUUGUACGGGAUGACUCGGACCACAGCAGU